AUGAGUUACGUUAACGGUAUGUAUACAGAUAAUAAUUCCACCUGGAAUGGUACAACUUCAGCAGGAAAUAGUAGUAGUGAUUUUUGGUAUACUCCUGAUCAAACAAUUACACAAGGCGCCGAUCACAAUUCAUGGAAUUAUCAACAAACACAGCAACAACCAGUACAACAAACUCCAUCUUAUGCCCAAAUAGUUGCCAAUGCUAGUGCCAGUGGUGGUUGGGGUCAACCAUCACCACAAAAGCCAAAUACACAAAUCCCAUCUGGUCCAAAGAUUGUACCCCCACCUGCUUCAAAAAAAAAGAAAGGUAAACAACAACAACAACAACAACAACAACAGCAGCAACCAUUACAACAACAAUCACAACAGCCACAAUAUGGCCAAUAUACACAAGAACAACAACCACAAUAUGGUUCAUAUAAUCAACAAUAUGGUAAUCAAACUCCAAAUAGCGGCUAUAAUCAAGAACAACAACAAUAUGGAGACCAAUACAAUCAACAAUAUAAUCAAUAUAACCAACAAUAUCCACAACAGCAAUUUAAUCAACAAUAUAACCAACAAUAUAAUCAACAAUACAAUCAACAACAGCAACAACAACAGCAAUAUAAUCAACAAACACCACAACAGCAAUAUCCACCACAACCACAAAAUAUGAAUAGUGGCUAUUAUGAUUGGAAUCAACAACAAAACCAUUUACAAUUUAACCAACAAACCCAAACCCAAACCCAAACCCAGACUCAGACAUCAAUAAAAAAUAUUCAACCACCACAGCCACCACAACAUCAAUAUCAGGCACCAAAUAAAAAGCAACAAAAACCAAAGGAUACAUUCCAACCAAUUAAAAAAAUUACAGCAAACUCAUUAGCAACAAGUAGUUUUUUAGAAGAGGAGAAUAAUAGCUUUGGUCUCGAAAAGUCAUCAAUCCAACUCCAAACCGAGGCACCAGGAAAGAAACAAAAGUUAAAGAUAGCCUCAGCAUUUAGCGACUGGGAUAAUGACCCACCAUUACAAACAAACAAAAAUAAAGUUGAGACUUUCGAUAAUUUUGAAAUGCCAUUAGCAGUUAAAGCAAAGAAGCAGCAACAACAACAGCAACAAAUAAAGGGUAAAAGAAAAUCAACAUUUGACUCACCAACUAGUCAAAAUAAAAGAUUACAAAGAUUUGGAAAUACCCAAAGCUCAGGUAAUUCAAGUAGCUAUUCAGCUGCAAAUUUUGGUAAUAAAGAACCUUCAUAUGAUGGCUCUGAAACUAUAAAUUGGGAUACUUUAACAAUUAAAGGAACUUGUACAAAUUUAGAAAAGCAAUAUCUCAGAUUAACAUCAGCACCAGAUCCAUCAACUGUCAGACCAGAGGAGGUUUUAAAGAGAUCGCUUUUAAUGCUAAAGAAAAAGUGGAUAGAAAAAGGUGACUAUUCGUAUACUUGCGAACAAUUUAGAUCCAUAAGACAGGAUCUCACCGUCCAACGUAUAAAGAAUCGUUUUACUGUCGAAACUUAUGAAACUCAUGCCCGUUUAGCUUUGGAGAAUAAUGAUUUGGGCCAAUUUAAUCAAUGUCAAACUCAACUAUUUGAUUUAUAUAAACAACCAGGUCUUGCCUCUAGCAGUGUCAGUGAAUUUUUUGCCUACCGUUUGUUGUAUAAUAUUUUCCAAGAUAAUAGUAACGAUAUUAUUAAAACCAUUUCAGAUAUUGACAAAGAAAAAAAUAUAUCAAAGCUACCACAUAUUCAACAUGCUCUUCAAAUUAGAACCUCCAUUUACAACAAUAACUACUGCUCCUACUUCAAACUAAGUAAGAACCCACCCAACAUGGCAAGUUUCUUGUUAGAAAAGAUUACUCCACGUAUUCGAAUUCAAGCCCUUCAAAUAAUAAUAAAAUCUUAUCGUCCAAAUGUUUUAUUAUCUCAAAUUCGUGAUCUUGGUUUCAAAAGUGAAGCUGAUGCCAGAGAAUACGUAGACAGUAAUCACUUAAUUUGGGCAGAUCCAAAAACAAAAAAAGAAGUAGAUGCUAAACUUUCAGCUUCAAUUGUUAAUCAUAUGGAACCACCAGUAAUUAAAAUUGCAGCAAUUGAUGGUCGUUGGUAA